CUUCUGCCCGUGUCUUCGUGCACUCUCUGCUGUUGUUGCUCAGUCCCCACCUCUCUGCUCUGCGCGCGCACGUUAGCCAGCCCCAGUGAGUGCGCAGGUUAGCCAGAGACGAGACAGCGACCGCCGUCGUAAGCCUCCGCCACCGCCAUGGAUCCCCUUCGCCGUCCUUUCCUGUUGCUCGGGCUCAUCUGCAUUGCUGUCGUCGCCGGGGUCUCCGCUCAAGGCCCGGCCACCUCUCCCCCCGCCACGCCUGUUCCUCCCACGCCCCCCACUCCCACCUCCUCUCCGCCCCCCACCACCACCCCUCCGCCGUCGAAUGCCCCUCCUCCUACCGUGACUUCUCCGCCUCCGGCGACCUCUCCUCCUCCCGCGACUCCGCCUCCGGUGGCCUCCCCACCCCCGGCUACUCCGCCGCCGUCCACUCCGCCCCCCGUCAGCGCUCCCCCGCCGGCUACUCCCCCUCCCGCCACGCCCCCUCCCGCCACUCCGCCUCCCGCUACUCCCCCUCCCGCCACUCCUCCCCCGGCGACUCCACCUCCCGCAACCCCACCCCCGGCCACGCCGCCUCCGGCCGUCCCGCCUCCCGCUCCCCUCGCGUCUCCGCCGGCCCUCGUCCCUGCUCCGGGCCCGGCGAAGAAGCCGAUGUCUCCGGCGCCAUCUCCUGCGCUGCUGAGCCCUCCGUCGCCGCCGACAGAGGCUCCCGCCCCAACCCUCAGCAUAGGUGCUCCAGGCCCGUCGCAGAGUGAUCAGAGUGGGGUAGAGAAGAUCUUGCCUGUGCAGAAGAACAUGGUGGGCAGCUUGGUUUUGGGCUGGGCUGUCAUGGGGUUGCUACUCUAGAGCUAUAUAUGAUCUACACGUUGAUGAUUUAGUCCUAUUCACACCUGUCUUCAUACUACGUUGUUUUACUAUCUUUGAUGGGACUCUACUGCAUGUAUUUUGAGCUCUUUUUGUUGUAUUAUUUUUACACAUUUGAGUUGGAUUCUUUGGGAGAGAAUUUUUUAGGGGGGAGGCUUCUGUUGUGGAGGAGAUUUGUUGUUUGCAUGGGGCUUGUUAACUAG